AUGGGAGACACACUUCCUUCCCUUCUCCUGUUUGGGCCCCAAACGGAAUUCCCGUCUUCACAAGCCCUCGAUCAAGUUCGCGCCGAGUUGACCAGUAACAAGUUUUUGUCUGCUCUUGUCGAAGCGGUGAACGAUCUACCCCAGUUUUGGCAAGAAUUGACAAGAUUUGACCCGGAUUUGCAAAGUAUUCCUGGCAUCAAAUAUCUUGGUCUACUUGGGCAUUGGCUCAGAGAAGGCAGGCCCUUAUCUCUGGAUGAGACACAUCUACCCAAUCAUUUCGUUCUUCCGGUCACUAUACUCCUCCAAAUUACACAUGCUAUUGUCGUUGCCAGCUCAAGCAGAGAGGAACAUCUCGGUACUGCAGCCGCCAGUGCCAUUCGUCUUGCUGUGUGCAUCGGAGCCUAUGUUGAUCGUGAUGGCGCGUAUUCUUCACAGCCUACAGAAUACAAGGCUGUUGCUAUUCGAUGGAAAGAAGGCAACGCCAAUGGCAAGGAAGAUGUUCUCAAUCUGACCAAGUCCAUCUCAACGGCAAGCCAGAGAACAAGAUUUGCGAACAAGUCCUGUCCAUGUCCAAGGCCGUUUCACACUUCCGACUAUAGACUCGUAGCUGAGAAGCUCAUGAAAUUUGAACCGCUUUUAAAAAAUUCUCAGUUCGGCGACGCAAGUACACUGCAGGUCUUGGUCAGAGACACUGCUACCGGAGAUCAACUCGAGAAAGGUUCCCUGUCUCGUUUUGCCCUGCAGAACACCCUCUUGAAUGUUGCAGACUGGUACAAGACGUUGAGUUGCUCACUUAAAGACAUAAAGGGGUUCAACCAGACAGUUGCUUUUGCGGGAAAUGGCUACUUCGUUCCGAAAUCCUUAUUUCAAGAUUCUGGGGCUCAGUUAAUAAAUUUGGGCUCUAUUGAAUUAUCCGGCACAAAUCUCGGAACUGGCUCCCCUAGCAGUCACGAGAACAUCAAUGGAAUAACGAAUGGCAUCGCAAGUAUCCACGAUGUGGAGAACCACGAGGACAUGUCGAAAUACCCAUCUCACUCUAUUGCAAUUGUCGGGAUGGCUGGGAGAUUCCCUGGGGCAGACUCCGUCGAUGAGCUGUGGAAACUUAUCACUGAGGAGAAGACAACGGUUGAACCCGCUCCUGUGGAACGCCUUCAUCUACCUCAGACUGGAGAUCACGAGAACACGAAGUGGUGGGGAAACUUUUUGAACAACCCGGAUGCCUUCGAUCACAAGUUCUUCAAGAAGUCCUCCCGAGAAGCAGUCGCGUGGGAUCCACAACAGAGAAUCCUGCUUGAGGUAAUUUAUGAGGCGUUAGAGUCCGCUGCAUACUUCGGUCCCUCGGCCGGCUCUGAACCCCUCGAUUAUGGCUGCUACAUCGGUGCCGUGAUGAACAACUACUAUGAUAAUUUAUCAUGCCACGCUGGCACUGCUUAUGCUACAGUUGGGACUUCGAGAUGCUACCUCAGUGGCUGUAUGAGUCAUUACUUCGGCUGGACCGGUCCGUCACUGACAAUUGAUACGGCUUGUUCGUCGUCCCUUGUUGCUCUCAACACGGCUUGUCGGGCAAUUUGGUCCGGAGAAUGCUCUAGGGCCAUCGCUGGCGGCACCAAUGUCAUCUCCAGUCCCUUUGAUUAUCAGAAUCUAUCUGCUGCCGGGUUUCUUAGUCCAUCCGGCCAGUGUAAACCUUUCGAUGCUGGCGCGGAUGGCUACAGCCGUGGAGAAGCGGUAGCUGUGGUUGUGUUGAAACCCCUUCAAGAUGCAAUCGACUCCAAGGAUGAUAUCCUCGGUGUCGUUGUGGGAUCUGCCGCAAAUCAAAAUCAUAAUUUUAGUCACAUCACCGCCCCAUAUUCAGGUUCUCAAGUCGAACUUUACCAGAAGGUUAUGGAGCUAGGGAACGUGCAGCCGGAGUCGGUGACAUACGUCGAAGCACAUGGUACAGGAACUGGGGUUGGAGAUCCAAUUGAAGUUCGCAGUAUUCGUGACGCGUUCGGUGGGCCUACCAGAGAUUCUAUUCUCCAUUUCGGCUCGAUUAAGGGGAACAUCGGCCACACUGAAGCUACGGCCGGUGUAGCUGGCCUUAUCAAAGUGCUGCUGAUGAUGAGACAUCGAAAAAUAACAGCCCAAGCAAGCUUCAAGUCGUUGAAUCCAAAACUCCCAGCUUUUGAUCAGCAUCAGAUGUCCAUUUCUCGAAAGGAAAUACCCUGGGAGGCAUCUUCACUUAUAGCUUGUGUAAACAGCUAUGGAGCAGCUGGUAGCAACUCUGCUGUCAUUGUUCGGGAAAUGUCAGCCCCUUUCCCUAAAGGCGACCCUACAUCCUUGUCAAAGUAUCCGAUCUUCAUAUCCGCCGGGUCUUCGAAUAGUCUGUCACGAUACUGUCAGAAACUCUUGUCUUGGAUGGAUGACAGUGAAUCAGUAUACAGUCGCGAAGACAUCCUAGGAUCUCUUUCUUUCAAUCUUGCUGACAGAGGUAACCAUUCGUUGCCUUUCGUAUUAUCUACGGCGGUGAACAGCAUUGCGGAUCUGAAGGCCAAAUUUCAAGCUGCCGCUAGUGGCUCAGAAAUAGCCCCAACGGAUGCAAGCAGCCCUGUUGUGCUCGUAUUUGGAGGCCAAGAGAGCCAAUACGUUGGUCUCUCGCGAGAAUUCUACGAGUCAUCCAAGAUAUUCCGAAAGCAUUUGGAUUCCAUUGACGACUGGGCUACCUCCUCCGGACUAGAGAGCCUCUACCCCUCUAUGUUCGAGACAAAACCAUUGAAAAAUCUAGUCACCCUGCACACAUCCUUGUUUGCUGUUCAAUAUGCUUCUGCCAAAGCUUGGAUCGACUGUGGGCUCAAAAUUAGUGCUGUUGUCGGACACAGCUUUGGUCAGCUCACGGCUUUAUGUGUAUCUGGUGCACUUUCCCUGUUCGAUGCGUUGGCGUUGGUUUCAGGCCGAGCGUCUUUGAUGCAGCAGCAUUGGGGGUCCGAGGCUGGCUCCAUGUUAUUCAUAGCCGCUGAUCGCAAGGCAGUGGAGGAGAUAAUUCAGACUCUGGAAGCGAAGGAAGAAAAUUUCUAUGCUGAGAUAGCAUGCUAUAACGGACCAAGGAGCCAUGUUGUCGUGGGUUCUGCGGACUCUAUUCAACUCUUGCAGUCGCACGUUUCGAAUACGCCGUACCUUCGGGACUCGAUCCGUACCAAGAGGUUGAAUGUCACAAAUGGUUUCCAUUCACAGUUUACUGAACCUAUGCUGCCUCAUCUCGAGUCUUUAGCUCAGCGGUUACAAUGGAGGGAUACGCAGAUCCAGCUUGAAACAACCGACGAAUACGAAACCAACCCCCGACCAGAAUUCAGCAUCGUUUCAAAGCAUACAAGACAGCCGGUAUUCUUUCAACAAGCCGUGGAAAGAUUAACAUCUCAGUUCUCCAAGUGUGCUUGGAUAGAAGCCGGGCGCGGGUCUUCAGUUAUGCAACUUGUCAAGGGGUCUGUUGGAAACCCUCAGGGCCACAGCUUUUAUUCUCCUCAACUUACUUCAGCAAAUGCACAAGACUCAUUAGCUGAUAUCACGGUUGACCUCUGGAAGAAGGGUUACGCUACGCAAUACUGGCCAUUCCACCGAAUCCAGAAGCAAGAUUUCAACUAUCUGAGUCUGCCCCCUAUUCAAUUCGAAAAGACUCGUCAUUGGCUUGGAUUCACCGGAAGAGGUUCAGUCGCAAACGGCGAGACCGCGAAACACGAAGAAAGUAUCACAGAUCCUCCAACCCUAUUGAAAUUCGUUGAGUUUCAGGAUGCGUCCAAAUUGGAGGCCGUCUUUCAAAUUGACCCUCGAGCCGAUCGCUUCCAAACAAUGCUUGGCGGGCAUGUAAUGGCUGGACAAACCCUCGCCCCUGCUUCCCUCUACUAUGAGGUUGUGUCCCGCGCAGCACUUUUCCUUGAAAAUGAUGUUGAGGCUUUAUCAUAUGUCCCAACAGUUGAUGAUCUUUUUAUGGCUUCACCAAUUGGCUCAAGCAUUAGCAAAAAGAUCACCCUUCUGCUAAGUAAACUCGAUACUGUCAGCCCUUCCUGGUCGUUCCGUAUCACAACACAGGACACAGACAUCCAAGGUGCUGAGCCUUUCGAGCAUUCUACCGGUAGGGUCUGUCUGAAGAAGCGUGACGACAAACAGGCCACAAGAGAUUUCGAGCGGUUUGAGACAUUGACGGGCCACCGGAGAUACCAAAACGUGAUGAACCACCCAGAUGCAGAGAAGAUGCAGGGCAAGCAUGUCUAUCGAGCAUUCAACACUGUUGUAUACUAUGGCCAACCUUUCCAAGGUAUUAAAUCCGUGUCUUGCGUGGGCUCAGAGGCUGCCGGAAUUGUCAGAAUCACACCCCCAGCAGACGAUCCAACAGAUCAACGCCUUUGUGACACGCCCAUGACUGAUAGCUUUAUGCAAUUUGCUGGAUUUCUGGUCAAUUAUUUCAACAAUCCAAGCAUGGAUGAUGUCUUCGUCUGUAAUAAGAUUGAGCAUAUCGAAAUCGGCGGUGGCUUCGACCCUGAUGCUGGGGAGUGGCUCGUGUAUUCCACCAUGAGCGAGGGCGGAGAAACUGAUGCCACGGCAGACGCUUAUAUCUUUGAUUCCAGGACCAAGAAGAUGGUCAUGGCUGCCUUCGGCUUCCAGUUCUCUAAGAUGUCUCAGAACCUUUUGGCUCGCGUGUUGAAGAGUGUCAACAAGUCCAAGUCGACUAAGAACAUCGAGCUCGCAGACGAUAGAAAGGAGACUGAAGUGUACACUCACUCCAUGGGACAACCUACCUCUGCAUCCUCUGCUAGGAAAUCCGUUGGUAAACGACAUGAGCUUUUCCAGAUAAUUUCCAAUGUGACGGACGUGCCAGUUGAUGAUUUGAAAGAUGAUUCGACAUUGGAUGAUCUUGGUGUUGACUCGCUCAUGGCAACAGAGGUGCUGAACGACAUACGGGCUGCGAUGGGAGUUACCAUUGAUCUAUCAAGCUUUUUAUUCUUCCCAAAUAUCAAAGCAAUCGUCUCUCAUGUCGAUGAAAAGCUAGGCCUUGGCGGAGAAGAAGAGGAAGACGAUGAAAAUGACGACAGUGAUUCUGCUAGAGCCUCAUCAUCUGAUACACAAUCAACGCCUGUCACUAGGGUGACAACGCCGGGAAUAAGCGGCUCGGAAGGAGAGCGACCAAAAGAGAUGAAAACCACGGAUAAGCCUACUAUAGUCUCUGCCUAUGAAUCAUUUGAGGCAACGCGCCUUAGAUAUGAUCAUCUGGCGGAAACUACGCAAGCUGUUGGCUUCUGGGAGAAAGCGUACCCUCAUCAAGCACGUUUGGUCUUGGCCUACGUUGUGGAAGCAUUUGCUGACUUGGGAUGCGAUGUCCGAGCCAUUCCAAACGGUGGCCAAGUUCCGCAGAUCAGUGCUCUUAGCAAACACUCGAAAUUGGUGCGCCAGUUGUAUCGUGUGCUUGAGGAUGGGAACCUUAUCAAGGAGAGUGCCGGGGCUUUUACUCGGACCAAGGUUCCUGUUGAUCCCGAAUCUGCCGAAUCCAUUUACAACCAAACCAUAGACUUGUUUCCACAGCACGCCUGUGUCAACAAGCUCGUACGUGCUGUCGGAUCGGAAAUGGCAGCCUGCCUGCGAGGCGACAAGGAGGGUAUCCAAGUCGUCUUCGGCAACCGGGAGAACAAGAAGACGCUGGAAGAGAUGUAUGAGUUCUGGCCUCUUCUGCGAACCCCCACGCUGGUCCUCGGUAAUUUUCUACUCAAAGCAUUCACCAACUCGACCGGCACGGGCAAGUUUAGAAUCCUCGAGAUUGGCGCGGGGACGGGCGGUACGACUAGAUACCUCCUCAGUGUGCUGAGGGCCGCGGGUAUUGAUUUUGAGUACAUCUUCACGGACCUCAGCUCGUCGUUAGUGACCGCGGCCUCGAGGCAAUUCAAGGGUAUGGAUGAUAUUUCGUUCGAUGUUCUGGAUAUCGAACAACAUCCGAAGGCGGAGUUUGAAGGCGCCUUUCAUUGCAUUAUUGCGACCAACUGCAUUCACGCUACUAGAAAUCUUGAAGUAUCACUCAAGCACAUCCGUCGAAUGCUUCGGGACGAUGGGUUCCUUUCCUUGAUUGAGAUUACUAAGAACAUGUAUUGGCUCGACAUUGUUGUUGGACUCUUUGAGGGAUGGUGGUUGUUUGAAGAUGGCCGUCAGCACGCAUUAAUCGACGAGAAGAAUUGGGAGCGGAGGAUGAAAGCUGCGGGUUUUGGGGAGGUAUGUUGGAGCGAAGGUGUGACACCGGAGUCGAAAACAGUUCGCGUGAUCUCCGCAUUUCCCACUCAAGUCAAGCCAGCGGUUGUUGGCAAGUCUGUGAAAGCAUCAAUCGAGACUGUGGUUUAUAAAACGAUCGGGAGCCAGAAGAUUCAUGCCGACAUCUACUGCCCCAUCAUCGACGAGGAGGCUCCGGCCCAAAAGAAGAAAAUACCCAUUGCCUUAAUGAUCCAUGGGGGUAGCCAUAUGCUGUUCAGCAGAAAGGAUAUUAGGCCAGCACAGACGCGCCUCUUGCUUAACAAAGGGUUUCUCCCGGUCAGCCUGGAUUAUAGGCUUUGUCCAGAAGUUCCGCUUGCCGAGGGAGCCAUGACAGAUGUAUGCGAUGCCCUUGAGUGGGCUCGCAACCAACUACCUCACCUGAAUCUUCCGCAGCUAGGAGUCGAAAUUGAUGGGGAGAAGGUCGUCGUCGUAGGAUGGUCUUCUGGAGGACAGCUUGCUAUGUCAUUGGCUUGGACAGCGCCUCUCAGAGGCCUUCCACCGCCAGCUGCCAUUCUUGCCUUUUAUGCCCCAACCGACUACGAGGAUCCCUGGUGGCAGAACCCCAUAUACCCUAACGGGGCUCCGUACAAGGGGCUGCAGUAUGAUGUUCUCGAAGGUGUGGAGGAUGAAGCGAUCACCAACUACGAGAUGGUGGGAGCUUGGGAAGAACCCAUUGCCGAUCCACGCAGCCAAGACGAUGCGAGGUGCCGGAUUGUCUUCCACAUCAACUGGAAGGCCCAAACCCUGCCUGUGAUUAUGAAUGGCUUGCCUAGUCGCAACAAGGUCGCGGAGAAACACCCGGACGUGGAGGACUGGAACAAGCUUCCACAGCCUUCAGUCGAGACUAUCAAGUCACAUAGCCCGCGCGCUCACAUUGAUCAGGGCGACUACAAUGUUCCUACCUUUUUCGUUCACGGGACAUCUGACGACCUUAUUCCCUGGCAGCAGAGUAGCACCACCUAUCAGGCGAUGCUUGAACGAGGUAUCAAGACUGGUCUGGUGCUUCUGGAGGGGGCUCCUCAUAUAUGCGAUCUGAGUAGCGAUCCUGAGUCGGAUGGUUGGAAAGCCACUGUGAAGGCUUAUGAUUUUAUUUGUUCGAGUGUUUGA